AUGUGUUCUCAUGAGUGCUGCCAUCUGGAGCGUCUGAGCCUGCAUUCAUCCAGUUCUCGCACUGACCGCAGCGGUCCGGCCAGGCAGGCUGAUCUGGAUCAGUGUGGCUGGGCUCAGGGUGUAGAACUGGGUCUGGGUCUGAGGGUUCUCAGGACUGUUGUUCAGGAUUCCAAUCUCCAGCAUGCUGCUCUGCUCAGCCACACGAGCCCCGGACCCCCAAGAGAAAUGGAGUUAACCUCACUUAAACAAACUGCAAACUCAUCUGGCAUGCUGCCAGUCCUUCUUUUCUCCAAACUAAGCGAACUGGAGAGUCAUGUAACGCUACCAUUGCUCGGCGGUAAUGAGAAUGCUAGUUCGGACAGACCGGCACUGAGUGGGCCGAUAGUGGCUGUGGUCUCCAUGACCUUGGGCAUCCUCUCCAACAUUGUGGCCCUGCUGAUCCUUGUGAACUCUUAUGCACACCUGCGGCGUCGUUCCAAAGCUGCCUUCCUGUUCUUCGCCACUUCAUUGGUGGCCACGGACUUUGUUGGUCAUGUAAUACCUGGUGCCAUUGUCCUGAAGUUGUAUCUGUCCAGAAGUGUGCCUGUGACACAUUACACUCAGCCAGAUGCUCUGUGCCAGUUUCUGGGUGGCAGUAUGGUGUUCUUUGGCCUGUGCCCUCUAUUCCUGGGCAGUGCAAUGGCAGCUGAAAGGUGCCUGGGGAUCACCAGACCAUUGCUUCAUGCCUCACUGGUCAGCACAACACGGACUAAACUCUCCCUGUCCAUCAUCUGGCUGGCAGCACUAAGUGUGUCGCUGUUGCCCUGCUUCCGGCUGGGCUCCUAUAGCUACCAGCACCCAGGCACCUGGUGCUUCAUCAAGGUCCUGGAGGACACAGGUAAGGUGGAUGUGGCGUUCGUGCUGCUGUUCUCUGGUCUGGGUUUGGGAUCCCUGGCCUUGGCGUUGGUCUGUAACACAGUCAGCGGACUUGCUCUGCUGUAUGGAAGGAUGCGGACACAACGGUGUAGCAGACAGAUGGCCAAAUCUCACGACAUUGAGAUGGUGGUGCAGCUGGUGGGCAUCAUGGUCACAUCCUGCAUCUGUUGGAGUCCCCUGCUGAUAUUUGGCCUUAUGUCUGUUAUGCGCUCUUUUGAGGGCUCUGUUGGGGAUGACCUUGCUACCUACAGGACGCUGAUGAUAACAGGGGUUCGAAUGGCCUCCUGGAAUCAAAUCCUGGACCCAUGGGUUUAUAUUCUUCUCCGACGGGCAGUCCUCCGCAAAAUCUACCUCAUUACCAAGCGGCAGGUGAACCUGAGUACUCUCCGCCGCUGGGAGGCCAGCUCCAUCCACAGCACUGAGAAAAAAAACUGUCAGUAACAGGGUCUGACAUGGAUGCUCUCUGUUUAAAAAAAAACAACACCAUCAUUAACGAGAGCCAUCAUUUUCCAAGAAAAAAAGUGUCAGUAAUUAUGUCUGAUACUCUCCUAGAGAUACACUAUUGGUGACCACAGGAAGGCAUUUUUUCAUCUCAGAUAUAGUUGUCCGAUUUUUCUUUAUUUUUAGCACUGAAGCAAUAAAGCUGAUGCAGCCAGCAAGUAAUUGAAGUUCAUGUGAUAAUCUGAAGAUCCUAUUUCCAAUUUGUGACAUUAGAAGAACAAGCAUGUCACUUUAAAAUGCAUUUUUGUCAGAGAACAUGAGAAAUGGCACAUUUAAAGUUCAAUCUCACCUUCUUCUUGGCGAAAACAUGCAAGCAGUCAAUUUGGUAAUUACAGAUUAAAAUAAUGUGCACAGACCAUUAACAGCCGCUGCACUGUUAAACUGUUAAAUAAAGAAUUAUAUACCAACUAAACUUAUGUCUUCCUCCACACCAUGUUAAAAGGUUAAUAUAAACCCAGAUUGAUACUGUGGUUUUACCAUAGUAAAUUAUGAAUUCAUGUCAGUACAGCAUUACACCACACCAGUUAGCACACUAAGGACUGUGCUAAUGACUUACCCUCAACAACUUGUUAGCUGCAUUAGCUGUAUGACUCCAGUGUAAAGUUCACUUAAACUGUGGAAACUGGGUUUACUGACAAGAAACCAAUACAUAUGUGUUUACCAGCUGUAAAUAUGAACAGCAGAAAUGUAGCAAUAAAGUGUAGCUGUACAGUUAGCCUCUCAUAAUACUCAGCUAAUCAUAGCUUGCUGUUUUAUACUGACCUAAUCGGCGGAUCGGCUUUUUUAUAAAUAAUAUUGAUCCCUAUAAUAGACACUGAAGACAUGAGCGACAUAAAUCAGACAACCGAACGAGAACCAAAGUGAUAAGCAUUGUCUUUUAACCUGUGUGUUAAAUUUGUUUUACUGUACAGUGUGAAUAAUAAGUGCUGCAGGUUUAGCACGCUGGGCAGAACAAAGUCUGACUGAACACAAAAUAAAAUGGAGCCCCACAUUCCCAUUUUAGUUGGAAAAACUAAAGGUUGGAAUUAGCAGAUCAUUCUCAGAGUGUGUCAAUUGUACCAGCACUUAAGAGAGUGAGCACUUAAGCCUGAGACCAGCAUCUGGAAAAGAACUGAGCAGGUAUUACCCUGUAGGUGUGUGUGUGUGUGUAGUGUUUUAGCUUGUGGGAAUCCGAUGUCACCAUUGCAUUAAAACGAAUGAGCUCAUGGAAAAAUUAUUUUGGAGAAAUGUUCCUGCAGGUUUCACACCAAAAAAAUUGUGUUUGUGUGUGUGUGUGUGUGUGUGUCACUGUGUGUGACUUAAACAUGUUAUGAUGAAUGGACCAAUAGAAAUGCUCCAAAAUAAAGGAGAAGGGUUUUUCCUUUUCUAGGAGAACCGUUAGAGCACAAGGUUUUUGCAUAGUAGUAACUAUGUGGUAUUAUCAUAUUUUUCCUUUUUGAAUUGGUACAGAGUUAUGAUCUUGGUAUGAGGAUUUACAGAUUUUAGGUAAUCUUUAAAUAAUUUAUAAGCCUUAACAAUGAGAGUCGAAUAUAGGGUAAGGAAACAGCAAGCCUGUUUUACAACAAUAAGCAACAGCAAACUGGGAAAAAUAAUUCUGUUCACUCUAAUUCCCUCCGCAGCAGUGAAUAUUCCACUCUAUUAAUUUGGGUGGUGUACUGCUUCACGACUGCACUGCACUUACCAGUUGUCCAGGGCAGCUCUGGACACUAUUCCUGCUGGGGGAAGUGUAUGUUUUCCUCUGUGUGUGUUAAUGUACAGUGUUAAGUGUUAUUUAUAAGAAUGCUAUACUGAAGAAUGCUCCAUUGGGAAUGGGGAUAUUUUCAGAUAUAAUAAAGCACAUAAUCUCA